AUGCUCGGGAAGCAUAUUCUAAAAAGACUGGUGUUUUCCGGUUAUGUGUUUGCUGCCUUGUGUAUAGCAGUUGCUCGAGCAGCAGUGUACGAGUUGAAUGAUUUUUUUCGUGAUCCUGUAAAGAAAGAAGAUUACUAUGAAAUAUGUCAGGGAAUGUUUGCGAAAAGCGCGAUCCCGGGAGGCGUGGAUCCUUCCAUUACAGCAAAAUUUGAGACUAUUCCUACUGGAAAUGUUGCUGUAGCUUUUUUCGAAAGUGCAGAUGCGUCUAAACUAGGAUAUACCGACGAAGAAGGGAUUACAUAUUUAACCUGUACCGAUCUUGCUCGUAGCAUGGAAUAUUGCAAUGACACAGAGGGAGGUUUCAUUCUACCAGACAAAGAUCGGGGAACUAUUGAUGCAAAGACCUUCAACUUUACAAAUAAUGAAACAACAUAUACAUAUAAAGUGCAAAAGACGGGAUUUUAUUGUGUUACUGCUAAGAAGGUGAAAAAUGUGGAAAAUGAUAGUACCUUCACCGCAAUUAUAGAUUGGCGGAAUCCAUACGGUGAGCUACCUGGCAGUGACUAUCCGAAAUUACCGUUUUACGGUUUAUUGUCAUUAGUAUAUUUGGUGAUAGGGGUCGUAUGGAUGUCACUAAGCAUAAUGCAUUGGCGAGAAAUUCUUCCAGUACAGAACUACAUUUCAGGUGUAAUUCUAUUCCUGAUGAUUGAGAUGGCGUUUAAUUGGGGAUAUUGGGAAAACUAUAAUGCAUAUGGAUCACCGUCUACAGUUUUACUAUGGAUUGUCGCAGUGUUGAACGCGGGACGAAAUUCAAUAUCCUUUUUCAUGCUUUUAAUCGUUUGUAUGGGAUACGGUGUUGUAAAACCCACUUUAGGAAGCACGAUGACAAAAUGUCGGAUAUUAGCUGGUGCACACUUUGUAUUUGGCGUGAUAUAUGCAGCUGGCACAAUGACAAUUAAUCCAGAUACCAGCGGGCCACUAGUCUUAUUGGUUAUAUUCCCUCUCGCGCUUACAAUGACAAUCUUUCACAUGUGGACACUACAAUCAUUAACUCAGACAAUACAGACGCUUGAAAUACGACGACAGAACGUGAAGGCAUUAAUGUAUCGGCGUCUAUUUCGAUUACUUUUAUUCUCGUACGAAAUAUUGGCAUUGGAAGUGGUUUUUACUUGA